UACCCUCAUCUGUAUCUGACAAGCAACUCAUAUCAUAACGAUAGCCGUCUAAGCACACGCCUCGUUGCCAUUGACCGCGUCCACACCGAUGCUCUGCCUCUUGCAGUUGAUCUUCUCAUCAUUGACAGCGCCCACAGCGACGGCCGAGGAAGAAGCUUGCAAAGAAGCGAUAUAUGCCUUUCACAAUGAUUUUAGUGGGAUAGUGAAUGAGUGUUGGGGUACAAGGACAAUUACCUCAGCAUCGGGACCAGGAACGGGAGCUGCCGUGGUGCCGGCGAUGAUGAGCGCAGUAGCGAAGAGCAAGAUAGCAAGCUUCAUGAUAGAAUUUCUCAGAGUCAACCUGGGAGUUUGCACGUCUGAGGUUGCUGGGCCAGUUGUGUACACGGAUCUAAGGCUCUCAUGUCGUUUAUGUAUUUUGAGGCAGCGAGGAGCUUGGAGGACCCAGCCGCGGGAGCCUCCCAUAUCCCGCAGCUUUAUGACGUAUGUAGGAAGACCAAGACUCUUAUAAACUCUGCAUUAAGAGGGAUGAGGAACACACUUGUGCCUAAAGUUGCCAGGGCUGCAUGCUCCCGGGGACAGACCCUUAAAUUGUGAUGCAAAUCAACUGUCAGGUGCGGUUUCACAUUCCGUGUGAAGUCAUGAUCAUCUUUUCAAAAAGCUGCUGCUGGUACUCAUGAUCUGUCCGUACAUGAAGGGCUCCCUACUCAUUUUUAUGUCAAUGAUCAUGACCAUGUCUGCCGCCGUUGCGUGGACCUCGUAGUGCCUCCCUUCUCUGAUCUCCUCUCAUGGCGCCGGCGUGCGAAUUCGAGGCGCUUCGCAAA